AUGCCGGCCGAACAGAGUUAUUACGAAUUUUACCGCGGCUCAUCGUUCGUCAAACACUUUAUAGGAACAGCACUCACGGAUUCUUUAGACGAACUGAUCACACAAGGUAGUAUGCCUCCUCAAUUAGCUAUGAGAGUCUUGCAGCAGUUUGAUAAAUCUCUUACCGAAUGUAUACAAAAAGGGGUCAAAACUAAGACUUCAGUCAAGGGUCAUUUAUCAACAUAUCGAUUAUGUGAUGACGUUUGGACGUUUGUGGUCAAACAACCUGUUUUUAAAAUGGAUGGACAUCAAGGAGGAGGUGGAGGAGAAUUCGUCACUGCUCCCAAAAUCAAAAUCGUAGCUUGUAAAGGUGGUGACGCUCAAGAUGGGAGAACUAGACGUGGUGGACAUGGCAAUAUCGCACCUUCCGCCUCUCAAGAGUGA